GCAAUAACAAACUUGACCAAGUGGUAUGCAGCUUUUGGGGUGUCGGGAAGUGGUUGGGGGCAGGGCUGGAACCUAGUGGGAAUAAGGCUUCCCAUAACGCCCUGGGAUCCUCAAUCCCAACAUCUCAAGUUCCUUAAUGUCCCAUCCAGCUUUCUGUCCACUUCUAACGAAGCUGUGUAUAAGAUUUUCGAUGACGCCUCCUGUCCACUUGUUGGGAAAACCUGUAACCCUCAGAACUUCCCCUCCUUGAAUGAGUCGCGUCUCUGUCCCAAUGGGCGCUGCCAGUUCGCCUUCUAUGGUGGUGAGUCCGGCUAUCACCGUGCUCUGCUGGGGCUGCAGAUCUUCAAUGCCUUCAUGUUCUUCUGGCUGGCCAACUUUGUGCUAGCGCUGGGUCAGGUCACCCUGGCAGGGGCCUUUGCCUCCUACUACUGGGCCCUGCGGAAGCCAGAUGACAUGCCUGCCUUCCCGCUCUUUUCUGCCUUUGGCCGGGCGCUCAGGUAUCACACGGGAUCGCUGGCGUUUGGUGCCCUCAUUCUGGCCAUUGUGCAGAUCAUCCGAGUGCUGCUUGAGUAUUUGGAUCAACGCCUGAAAG